CACCCGGAGUCACAUGCUGGGUUUUCCCCGAGUUAAAUUGGGCUGGAGGCGGAGUUUGUAGCGAUAAAGUCCCUGUGUGAGGGUUGGGCUUUUAGUAAUUAUCCCCGCCUCGGCGAAGCGACGCCUCAAAUCUUCUCUGUUGCAUCGAUUGAGCAGGGGUGAGAUUUGUCUCUCUGUCUGCUGCUUGCUAGCUACCAUGGCCGACCUCUCGCACACUUUCAGGAGACCCUAUGAACUGGACAGAAGCAGGUUGAACAAGGCCGGGCUAGAGGCCGACAGGCUGGACAGUGGCAUCGACUCAAUGCCGGAGGGUAGUGUCAACAGCGUGACCGAGCAAAUGGAUCAUCUCAAAGUCCGACCUGAUAACGUGGAAGAUAACACGGCCCAGAUCUGGGCUCAGUUCAGGAGUGAAGACGGUGACACGUUUCUUCACCUGGCCAUUCUGCACGGCUGCCCAGACAUCGCGCUCGUCCUCCUGCAGACCGAUCGGAGCAUCAUCAACCUGUGCAACUCAUCGCAACAGUCCGCGCUGCACCUAUCGGUUAUCCUGAACAUGCCGGAGGUGACCAGGGAGCUGGUGCAGGCGGGGGCCGAGCUGGACAGCACGGACAGCCAUGGCAACACCGCGUUGCACCUGGCCUGCGAGCAGGGAAACCCCGAGUGCAUCGGCCUGCUGCUCGACCCCAUCCUCACUGGAACCAGAGGCCAGCGGCAGGACCUGGAUCAGCGCAAUUACAACGGCUACACGUGUCUACAUAUCGCGGUGAUGCGGGGACAUUACGAGGCAGUUCAGAAGCUGCUGGAUGCAGGAGCCAACAUUAACACUCAGGAACCAAGCAGUGGGCGGACACCUCUACACCUCGCAGUGGAGUUCCAGCGCCGGGAUAUGGUGCAGCUUCUGGUGGAGCGCAGAGCGGACGUGAACCGGCAGAUGUUCAACAGCUGCACGGCCUUCCACCUCACCACAGGCCGGCCGGACAUGGAGAUCCAUAACCGGCUCUACCAGCUGACCAACGCCUCGCUAAUACCUCUCCCGGAGUGGUCGGACACUGACUCCGAGACGGACUUGGACGGCCAGUCGGACUGUGAAAUGCCUCUAGAUUACGAUGAUCUUCAGAUAGGAGGCCACUCACUCCACUGAAUCGCUGGCACAACCCAGUGGACCUUCUCAAUCCAACUCUGACACCAACCAGGUCAUCAGAGUAGAACUGGACCAGCGGACAAGUUAAC